CUCAUCUGUAACAUGGGAUAAGAAUGCCUGAGGUAUCUACCUCACGCAGAACUGCUCCUGAGCCUCUCCCUCCCUAGCCCCGUCUGGGCUCUCCUGAGGUGGAUGGCACCCAGCACAGUACAGUCCAGCCCAGCAGGGAGGGGACAGCCCGCCCAGGGAGGAGCAAAGGAGAUGAUCCCUGUCCCCACAGCCCCAGCCAAGACAAAAGGCUAUUAUAGCUGCCAAAGCCAGCAGAGACCCAGGAGCACAAUGAGCUACAGAGUCAGAGCCCUGAGCCCUCAGCAGCAGGACGCCCUAAUCCAGGUGACUGAGAUGCCAUCCCGAAGGAAGCCCUGGCACAGCAUGGCAAAGGGGCUCCUUCUGGGUUGCCUCUUUACUGGCCUUCUAUUGCUGUUCUACUCUUACACUAUUGCUCCUUCUCAAGCCACCAUGGCCAAGGCCCCAGAGCCAGCCCGAUGCUCCUCUCCACCCACUUUACCUACCAACAUCCCCAAAGGCUCCUGCUGGCCGAAGUUAGAUGUUGUGUUCAUGAAGACUCACAAGACCGCCAGCAGCACCCUGUUAAAUAUCCUCUUCCGCUUUGGCCAGAAGCACAAUCUCAAGUUUGCUUUUCCCAGUGGAAUGAGUGACUUCAACUACCCGUCCUUCUUCAAGCGUAACACGGUGCACAACUACCAGCCUGGCGACUGCUUCAAUAUCAUCUGUAACCAUAUGCGUUUUUCCUACGCUGAAGUGCAUAGCCUGGUGACCCCCAACGCCACGUUCAUCACGGUGCUACGGGAUCCAGCCCAUCUCUUUGAGUCAUCUUUCCAAUACUUUGGGGUGUUGGUGCCCUUCACAUGGAAGCUCACUGGCCGCAACAAGUUGGCCAAGUUCCUGCAGGACCCUGACCGCUACUACGACCCCAAAGGCAUCAAUGCCCACUACCUCCGCAACCUGCUCUUCUUCGACCUGGGCUACGACAGCGGGCUGGACCCCCGCAGCCCCCAGGUGGAGGAGCACAUCCUGGAGGUGGAGCAGAGGUUCCACCUGGUCAUGCUGCAGGAGUACUUCGACGAGUCCCUGGUGCUGCUCAAGGACCUCAUGUGCUGGGAGCUCGAGGACGUCCUCUACUUCAAGCUCAAUGCCCGCCGGGCCUCUGCCAUCCCCCAGAUGACAGGCAAGCUCUACCAGCAGGCCACGGACUGGAACCAGCUGGACGCGCGCCUCUACCGCCACUUCAACGCCAGCUUCUGGCGCAAGGUGGAGGCCUUCGGGCGGGAGCGCAUGGCCCGCGAGGUGGCUUCUCUGAGACAGGAGAAUAAGAGAAUGGAAAGGAUCUGCAUUGAUGGGGAGCAUGCAGUGGAUGCCAAGGACAUUGAGAAACCAUCACUGCAGCCCUGGCAGGCAAUGGGGACAAAGACAAUUCUUGGUUACAACCUAAAGAAGCAUAUCAGUCAUCAGUAUGGCCAGUUGUGCCGAAAAAUGGUGACUCCUGAAAUCCAGUACAUGACUGAACUUGGGGUCAACUUGUGGGUCACCAAGUUAUGGUGGUAUAUUAGGAAAUUGCUGCAUAUUUAAUAGAUACCUGACCCUGACCAAUUCUCUGUUAUUCCUGGCUCAAAAAAAACAUGG